UAUGUCGGAGCGUCACCCGGCGCGGAUCUUCCCUUCUCUCGUCUCCCUCCGUCUCUCUCUUUCUCACGCGCGACUAGUUCCUCAGCUCGGAAUUUCGGAGUGAUCUCUCUCUCUCGGUUUAAGAGUGUAGCACCUGUGCCUGUGGACGGAAGAAAAGACUGUUUCAUCUCACGCGUUCUACGCUCCUACGUGCGAGAUCGCAACCACCGGUAGUGGCGCGUCGCGUGGUGGUUUCUCGUCGUUCGUUUCGCGCGCGGACAGCAGAGCGAAUACGCGCCGGUGAGAAAUUCCUCGUUUCUCACUCGUCGUCGGGAGCAACAAGUGAGCCCGUCGGGGGAAGUGUCUCGCGCCGUCGAGGCGGACAGGGCGGACUUUCGAGCGAACGGCAAAUUCGAAACGCGCCCGUGCGCGUUCGGCGCUAAAUUCACGUGGCUCGGCUCCUCCGCGGCGCGUUCGUCGGUUAAGAAACGACGCCGACGUCGUGGUGACGACGAAUAUCGCGCAGGGAGUUUGCGGGGAGUGCACGUGUACGUCGAGAAUCGAUCGCGAUUUCGGGACGCGCGUCAAAAUCAUCGGGAUCGGCGCAACGGAUCGGAGGUGACACGGAGACGGAGCUCGGCGCGUGGCGUCGCUCUGAAGUUCGCCAAUGGAGACGAGAUGAACGCGGCAGGAAUCGCCGAUCCGGGAAUCUCGUCCCACGCAUCGUCCAGAGAAUCCAGGGACUCACGAUAACCGUCAGUGACAUCGGCGACGCGGCGACACGAGAAGGUGUUUAAUAAAUUCGCUUGAUUUCCGCUCGCAAUCCGUCGCGAGGCGAUUCAACGUGGCACGCGACGGCAUGACGCGAAUCGACGAAUGACGAGUGCCGGAGCCCGGAGCGGAGUGAGACGGUAACGAGAACGUAUAAGUGAUCCGGGAUCUUUGUUCUCUUUAAUUCUCGCGUUCGACGAUCUACGGUCUGUGUGUGAAGUGCCCCCCCCCCCUUGUCAAUGCUCGCCUUUGUUCAGUGGUAUCAGGGAAUUGCGGGAAUCCUCAUGGGCCAUGGCUGCUGCCACGAAGAAGGGACACGCGGGCAACGUGACGCUGCGACGCAUCCUCGUCGUCGUCCUCUCGUUGAUCCUGACCGGCGUCGAAGCGGCGCGCGGAUUUAGGCACAACCUGAAGCAAGCUCAGAGAGGUCCAUACAGCCUGAGUAAGAGCUCGAAAACUAGCGGUCUCUUUCCGUCCACGUUCAAUGUCGCCGCGAAAGCGGACAUUUACGUAAACGCAACUUGCGGUGAGGAGGGCCCAGAGACAUUUUGCAAGCCCUCAGAAUCGUCGAGAUGCGCCGUCUGCGACGCCAGGAGUCCGGAUCCUGGCAAGAGGCACAACAUCAGCAACAUCCUCGACUCGAGUCCCGGUAAAUGGUGGCAAAGCCCUACGUUAGCCAGAGGCGACCAUUACGAAUACAUAACAAUCCUCUUGGACCUGAAACAGGUCUAUCAAGUGGAAUACGUGAUAGUGAAGGCCGCGAACUCGCCGAGACCCGCGGCCUGGAUUCUGGAGAGAUCUCUGGACGGCGAGAACUUCCAACCGUGGCAGUAUUACGCGCCGAGCGAUGGGGAAUGCUGGACGAGAUAUUCGGCACCGCCUGUCGCGGGCAAACCCGUUUACAUGCUUGACGACGAGGUCAUAUGCACCAGCCAGUAUUCCAGACAAACCCCCAUGGAGAAUGGCGAGAUCCACACGCACUUGGUGAACGGUCGACCUGGAGCUUUGAACCACAGCGCGACUCUGCAGGAAUUCACCCAGGCCAAAUUCGUGCGGCUCCGUCUUCAGGGUCUCCGACGUAACGGCGAGGCUUUUGCCGACAAGAGACGUGCAUUUUAUUCGAUAAAGGAAAUCAAUAUCGGAGGACGUUGCCUGUGCUCCGGACAUGCGGCACGAUGUCGGUACAGCGUUCAGCACGGGCAUCAGGAAUGCGAAUGCGAGCGCCACACGUGCGGCGAAAGAUGCGAAAAAUGCUGCCCCAUGUACAAUCAGAUCCCGUGGAAGCCCGGCACAGCUGGCAAGGGCUUUCACUGCGAGAAGUGCAACUGCAACGGCCAUGCAACGUCCUGCAAAUACGACCAGGAAGUGGCCGAGAGGAGAAUGUCCAUGGAUAUCCGUGGGAAAUACCGAGGCGGUGGUGUGUGCGUCAAUUGCACGGAACACACGACCGGCAUUAACUGCGAAAAAUGUGAGAUCGGCUACUACAGGCCGAACGGCGUUGCACCUGAUGCACCUGAACCCUGCUUGCCCUGCGACUGCAACAUACGUGGCAGUACAGGCUACUGUACUCCCGACGAUUCCUACACGCGUAUGGGAAAGGUAGCAGGUGCCUGCGAAUGCAAGCCGGGAUAUUCGGGAUACAAGUGCGAUCAAUGCGCUGCCGGUUAUCGGCAGUUUCCCGAUUGCAUGCCGUGUCCCUGCGACUCCCGCGGGAUUCUGCCGUCCCACGAUUGCGAGGGCGACUGCUUGUGCAAGGCGAACGUCGCCGGGGAUUUCUGCGAUCGUUGCAAGCCCGGAUACUUCGCGCUCACGAAGGAUAAUCUCGAUGGUUGCAUGUCCUGCUAUUGCUUCGACGUAGCCGAUCGCUGCACCACCGCGAGAUUAGCAUACAGCAUGAUUUCUACGCUGGAGAACUGGUUGGUGACCGACAUGAACGCAUCUCGAGCAGUCGUUCCCAUCUUGGACACGGACAACGAAUGGCUGACCGUGACGGCGUUCGACGUCGAGUAUGACAGUCCUUUCUGGCUGGCGCCACAGAUUUACACGGGAAAUCGCGUAUCCUCGUACGGCAACAAUCUCACGUACUCCGUUUCGUGGGUUGUCAUGCGAGGCGACACCAGUGGUAAACCGACCAUGGAGCCCAACGUUAUUCUAGUUGGUAACAAUGGGAUGCGCAUAGCGUACGGCGAGGAACAGUACAAUGGUCAAGAAGCUGAAAUAGCGGUACCUUUACGUGAGCAAGGCUGGUUUCACGUGCGAAGCGACGUUCAGGACAUCCCGACCAGAUUGAGGAGAACCGAGUUUCGCGGCGAUCCCGUGACGAGGACGCAGAUGAUGCGCGUUCUCGCCGAUCUCAAGUACCUAAUGAUAAGGGCGCGAUAUCAUACGGAGCAAAUCGAAGGAAGUCUCCAGUCUGCCAUAUUGACAGUGGGCGAAUUAUCGCCGGAUGGCGAAACCGACAAUCUGGUCGAAAUGUGCGAGUGUCCCGAGGGAUACACAGGGACGUCAUGCGAGAAAUGUGCCUGGGGAUACGUGAAGAUGCCCGUCAACGGUUCCGAUCAUCAGGACCAUCACAUAUGCGUGAAAUGUGACUGCAACGGCCACGCGGGCUUCUGCGACCUCGUGUUGGGUGAAUGUGGGGCGUGUGAACAUCAUACGGCAGGCCCAAAAUGCGGUCGUUGCGCUACGGGGUAUUACGGUAUCGCAACGAGAGGCACCAGUGAGGACUGUAAGAAAUGCGCGUGUCCACUUUCCGUCGAGUCUAACAAUUUCAGUCCGAGUUGUCAGCUCGAAAAUCCCGUUGACAUGAAUAGCGGAUACGUGUGCACGCAAUGUCCCGAGGGAUACACCGGAGAUCAUUGCGAAACUUGUGAUGUAGGAUUCUACGGUAAUCCUCUGAUACCUGGCGGCACUUGCGAACGGUGUCCUUGCAACGGUGGUACCUGCGACCAGGAAACGGGUCGUUGUUUAGAAUGCCGCGGCAAUACCGAGGGUUGGAAGUGUGAAAGAUGCAAGGAAGCGCACUUCGGAAAUCCUCUGGACCAAAAUUGCAUGCCAUGCAAUUGCUCUUCCCUCGGUAGCAAUUCGAUUCAGUGCGAGCAGACGACAGGUCAGUGUCCUUGCAGACCUUUGUUCACCGAUCGUGACUGUUCCUCCUGCAUCGAGGGCUACGGGAACGUGACCGCAGGUUGCCGGGAAUGCGACUGCGACGUGGGUGCCAUCGACGGGUCCUGUGAUUCCGUAAGCGGUGUGUGCAGGUGCACGCCGGGCGUCGUCGGCUUCCGGUGCGAUCGCUGCGACGUGGACCACUACGGCUUGUCGGCGGAUGGCUGCAAAGGGUGUGGCUGCAACAAUUUGGGUUCCACGAAUUCUGCCUGUGACAUCGUGUCCGGACAGUGUCAGUGCAAGUCACACGUUAUUGGCAGGCAGUGCAACGAAUGCAAUGUCGGUUAUUGGGGAUUCGCAUCGGGAGCCGGCUGCACAUCUUGCGACUGCGAUUCCAUGGGAUCCCGCAACGCAUCCUGCCACAGUGAUACAGGAGUAUGCUACUGCAAGCCGGGUGUGGGUGGUGCGCGCUGCAACAGUUGUCAGUCCGGAUACUAUGGCUUCUCUUUGAACGGCUGUCAACUGUGCGACUCGUGUACGCGACCCGGUCACGUGUGCGACCCCGACACCGGUCGCUGCGUGUGUCCCCGCUUGACCUAUGGCGAGCACUGCGACCGGUGCCGACCGGGUGCGUGGGACCUGGUGCCGAGCGUCGGCUGCAAGCCGUGCGCUUGCACCCUGGGCGCCACGCGGUCCCAAUGCGACCAUCAGGGUCAGUGCCCCUGCAGGAUCGGCUACGACGGGCUCAGGUGCGAGAGAUGCGCCAAAGGUUACUACGGCUAUCCGAGAUGCCGUCCUUGCGGCUGCAGCUUGGCCGGCACGACGCACUGCCGGGACGGCGUCUGCGAGUGCGACGACAAGGGACAGUGCCCGUGCAAGGAACUGGUCAUCGGACGAAAGUGCAAUCAGUGCAAGGAAGGCACUUUCGGCCUUGCGAUGAACAAUGUCAGAGGAUGCACCGAGUGCUUCUGCUUCGGAAGGAGCACUCUUUGUCAGCAGGCCGGACUCAGUUGGGGUCAACGUAGAUUGACUCGGCCCCGCGUUCUUUAUAUCAAUGACACGGUCAACGAUGUAAUAAUAACAAACUUCGGCUCCACGACUGUAUUGCCAGCGGUGAACGGCGGAUUGAACGUGACAAACGGCCUCUCCGUAAUACCCGGAUCCAAUGGCGAUGUUACGUUGCCCACAAAUCUUUAUUACAGUUAUCCUUUAUAUUGGAGACUGCCGGAUUCCUUUCUAGGCGAUAAGGUCGUUUCUUACGGAGGAUUCCUGCGCUUUAAAACCUCGACGGAAGGUGGGAUACCUCUGAGAUCGAAUCUUCGAUAUCCUGUGGUGCAGUUGCAAGGAAACAAUAAGAUUGUCCUGGAGUAUUAUCUGCAUCUACCAGUGAACGAUAAUCAUUACGAAGUCAGAUUCCACGAGUCGUUGUGGCAGCUACAAAACAGACCGGAUUACAAAGUCUCCAGAGAGGUCCUAAUGGUCGCGUUACAAAACCUGCAGUACAUCCUCGUGAAAGCCUCCGACAACGCCGAAUUCACGAAAACUACAUUGCUGGAAGCUUCUCUCGACGCCGCCGUCCUGAUGCCUACGCACUCGCCACCGCUGGCGACUGGAGUGGAGAUCUGCCAGUGCCCGGCGGAAUACAACGGCACGUCUUGCCAGGAUCCCAGCAUCGGUUUUUACAGGUGGUACAAGAACACCACUGCCACGUCUACCAUCGUGAUCGAUCUUGUCGGACAAGCCAGGCGCUGCCAGUGCAACGGGAGAUCCGAGCUGUGCGACAGGGAGACGGGAUAUUGCUUGAAUUGCAAAGAAAACACGGUUGGUGCACAUUGCAACGUUUGCGCUGACAGUUUCUACGGUCAUCCGGAGUUUGGAGGCUGCAAGCCAUGUCCAUGCCCGCAAGUUGAUAAGAGAUUUUCGAGUACCUGCGUGGUUCGUACGGACAACGAACCCAUUUGUCACUGCAAGCCAGGCUACAUCGGUAGAAAAUGCGAACACUGCGCCUAUGGCUAUUACGGCUCUCCUGGCCUUCCGGACGGCAAGUGCGUUCCGUGCAACUGCAACUUGGCAGGAAGUUUGAGCGACGCCUGCGACGGCGAGACAGGACAGUGCAAAUGCAGGCCCGGUUCUACGGGCAGGGAUUGCUCCCAGUGCACGGCGUAUCGACACGUUUAUAUAAACAACGUUUGCACUUCUUGCGAUGACAAUUGCACGGGAAUUCUGCUCGACACUGUCGCGAUGCUGUCCGAGAACCUGGCCGAGGGAACGGGUCACAUAGCAGGCGGAUACAUUCCACCCCCCUGGGAAGCACUGUCAGAUAUCGAUUCCAACGUGACUGCAUAUCUCGAGGAAUUGGAGCUGCGAACACAACUGCAGCAAAGAAUGAGAAAUGUACCGUGGCAUGAAUACAAGAAGCUUGCGGAAGAUGUUGAAACUAUGUUAAGAAAUUUGAACAAGCAUGCAAAACAUGUUGGUACGUUGAAGACCAAAAGUGGCGACUUGAGAAAUAAUGUUUUUACCGCAAAGGUUACGCUCGAUAAUUUGAGAAAAGACAUAGGAGAUACAAUUUCGGAACUCAAUCAUUAUAGCAAUGACAAUAGGAAAAUUGAAAUCAAGAAAGCCUUAAAAACUGCGAAGACAAUCCUGAAUUAUUUAAAGUCCGUCGAUAUAGCCAAAAGAACUACGGAAGUGGAAAACUUCCUUGACGGUGUUACCGAAUAUGUGGCAUGGCUAAAUUCUCUUCAUGACGCGACUGAGCCUUUGGCAUCCGCCCAGGACGACGCUAAAGAUUUCGAGAUAAAGUUGGAUGAUAUGAGAACGGUCAUAGAAAACACCAUGGAAACGCUAUUCAGCUACGAUAGUUUGUACAACCGUAUCAAUGGGACAUUCGUCGAGACCAAGAACCAAUGCGUCCGUAUCGGGAUACUGCGCGACGAAACAAACCAAACGAUCACCGAGGGACAGAAACUCAUCGACGAGGCUCACGGUCUACUUGUCGACGCGGGAAACAAUAUUCAAGAUCUCCCAGACUUACGAGAUAAAUUAACAUACUGGACGGAGAAACUGAGCAUGAAGGAGGAACUCCUGUACCGACUAAAUUACGAGUACCCCGAGAAGUACGUGGUACCAGCAGUGCAACAUGCGAAGAAUUUGUCCAGCUACGUCGAUCAGUAUGUCAGUCUGUUCGCCGAGACACGAGAUAUUGCGGCCAGUCCUCUGAAAGCAAGCCAGGCCUACAAGAACAUCGUCGAUGGCCUGCAAGCAGCGAGAGUCACCGCACUAGCAGCCAAGGAAUCCGUCGAGGACGUGCAUAAGAAGGUUUUCCCUCCUUCGGGACAGAAAUCGCUGUUGGACGAUACCAAGGAAGUGUUGGCUAAGUCAUCGCAACAGUGGGAAACGGCAAAGGAGCACGGCAAACUAGUCAAGAAUGCGAAUACCGUGUUGGACGCUCAGAAGCAAGCCGUGCUCGUUUUGAAAGAUACAUUGAACAGCACUGGGAUAAAGGACAAUGAGAUAAAUGUGAAAUUGCGAGAGUUGCAGAGUAAUAGUAAAAAAUUGCAUGAAGAUCUAUUGGAUAUCUCGGAGGACAACGAUGAAGUAAGGAAAUCAGUAAAAAGCACGCAACGAUUAAUCGACUACUACAAACAAGGCAUCGCCGACAGACUGAAGCCAAAAUUGCAUGAAUUGAAGCGUGAAGGCGACUCGAAGAUUGGCCUCGCCAGUGAGAAAUUAUCAGAAGCGUUGAGCAAUAUUAAGAAAGCCGAUGCGAAGCUAAUAAGUUUAUCGAAUGCCGCGAUGAAGCGGAAAGCAGUUUUCGACAAGUGGAACGACACGUUAGCCACGAAACUGCAAAAUCUGAAAGACAAGAUUGCAGAGGCUCGAAAUACUGCUGAGGGGAUUCGCGUUUCUCUGCGAUCGGUGGAGGGUAAGGAAUGUAUCCGUUCGUACAGACCGGCGACGUUGCAACCCUCAUCAACGACGUCGAUCGUGAUAACAUUCGCGCUUCCAACCGCGCGCAAGGAGGGUUCCUUGUUUUACUUGCCUAGUGGAAUUAAUGACGAUUUUGUUGCUCUAGAAAUAGUUGACAAAAAGGUGCGAUUCCUGUGGAACGUCGGUGGUGGUACAGGCAUACUAACACAUCCUGAGGUCCUCGAAAGCGGCGAUAUUCAGAAGGACAAGUUUUGGUAUCGGAUCGAGGCUGAGAGAACGCGACACACAGGCAAGCUGAGCGUGCACAAGCAGUCUUCGACGUCCGGGCAGUAUCUCCCUGUUAUUAACAUGACUAAUUCCGAGUACGGUCGUUUCGACGUUCUACCUACGGACCGAGUGUGGAUAGGAGGUAUCCCUAAGUCGCAGAGGCGACCAACGGAACUAAUUGCCGGUAAUGGUCUUCCGGGUUGCAUUCAUCAAGUGAUCCUUGACGGAAGACAAAUUGGUCUCUGGAAUUUUAUCACGACAGCACCGGACAAGGCUUGCAAAGCUUGCGUAGAAGGAGUGGAAGAUGUCAGAGAUGACAUAGCUUACAGUUUCAACGGAGAAGGCUACGCCGUGAGAAACAGAGUCUCGUCUGGUCCAUACAAUAAAUAUAUGUUUGGAGUCUCAAUUAGUUUUCGAACAUACGACGAGAAUGCGUUGCUAUUUUUGGCCACUAACAGAGAGAACCAGCACAUUAUGAUUUUCCUGCGAGAAGGCAAAGUGAUUCUCGACGUCGGUUACGGCGGGAACGUUAGUAAAGAGAUAUCCUCGACUCGCAAAUAUAACACCGGCAAUUGGACAAAAGUGGACGCAUCCCGUCAGUAUCAAAUACGCCAUAAUAUCGAAAAAUGCAGUCUUAGCAUCGAUAACGACGAUUCGCUAAUCGUUGUGCCCACGCCACAGCCUAAAAAGGAGGAUAUUCCGGAUCUGGCGCAGGCUAAGUAUUAUAUCGGCGGAUUGCCGCCGAGCUUCCGCGCCGAGAAACUGAUGUUACCCUCGCAGGUGUCGUUCCUCGGAUGCAUGGCAAAUAUCAUAGUACAGGAAGGUUACGAUCCAAUGGCCGAACAGUAUUACGGGGUAGAAUCCAGUUGCGGUAAUAAGCCCUUGAAGAUAGUCGGAUUUUAUGGGAAUGGAUAUCUCGAACACUCCGCGUUCACUUUGCGGAAGAUCCAGUCUGUUUUAAGCUUCUCCUUCAGAACCAUGCAAGAUGCAGCUAUGCUCCUUCUCUCCACGUUCGAACGUCACAGAAUAAAAGAUAAUCUCAACGAAACAGCAAACAGAAACAGCUAUUACUCCGUGUGCAUUCUCAACGGACAAGUGCAAGUACGCUUAAAUGCCGGCCAGGGCGAGUUGGUUCUCCAGUCGAACAGCACUUUUAACGACGGGAGAUAUCACUCGGUCACCGUCCUUAAAAAAAGAAAAGAAGUAGAGCUGAGAAUCGAUGAUGCGUAUCAAACAUCCGGAAGGUUGCGCAGUAGUAUCGCGAUCAAGGCUCCCGAAUCAAACAGGGGACUUUUCUUUGGUGGGCUACCGGCUCCCAUCAAUAAUACUAAAAUGGUCGCAACUAACACGCCACUGUACGGUGCAAUCAAAGAUGUGAUUUUCAACGAUCUAAAUCUUCGAUUCGACGAUGCAGUUGAAUUCGAUCACGCUCUAAUCGGUCGUGCCGGACCGAGUAUGGGGAAAGACACGCCGAGUUACACACCAUCGGCGUCACUGUCUCGCGGGAUGUCCACGCAGCCCGAAGGAUGCCAGAAAGUGCCUUACUACUCGCUAGAACCGGGUGCUUUGAAAUUCGGCGAUAAGCCGCACAGUCACACGCAGCUCUAUCUCAACUUCAAGAAAUUCUGGGAGAAGAAAUAUGCGAUAGAAUUCGACUUUAGGACGUACUACCCCAAUGGACUGCUGUUCAUCACUCCGGGUCUUCGAUUGAAGCAUUAUCUGAUGGUGCUCAUCCGGGACGGGCAGCUUCUUUUGGUGGUGAAAAGCAAACUAAAGAAGGAAAUACUAUUUAAAACACCGUUUAACGACGGCAAUUGGCAUCAUGUCGUUAUCAGUCACGAAGAAAGGAAGCUUACCCUAUUAGUGGAUAGUCAGACACCACGCGUCCUCAAAGUACCGAGGAAAAUCAGCCUCGCGUCCAUGAUGUAUAUCGGUGGUCUCCCGGAAAGUGGAACACCCAUCCCGGAACAAGUGGUCGUUAGAUUGGAGACACUGAAGGGAUGUAUCAGAGGCUUGAAGAUCAAUGGAAACGUCUACGACAUGGUAGGCUCCACCAGUAGAGCCUUCAACGUCGGUCAGUGCUUCCCGAGCGUCGAGAGCGGAGCGUAUUUCCAGGGCGAAGCUUACGCUGUUUAUCGAAACAACUUCGAGGUGGACGGCGUGCUUGAACUUCAAUUGGAGUUUAGAACGUCGGAGGUGUCCGGCGUGUUGUUGUCGAUUACCGCACCCAGUGGCUCGCCUUCUCUAUCGCUGGAACUCAACAACGGUAAGGUGAUCAUGUCAGGCGAUCUGGGCGACAACAAUCCACUGUAUGUGGAGCAGGGAUUCGCCAGUCACUAUGCAAUCUGCGACAAUCGAUGGCACAGGAUCCAGGCCGUGUACAACGACGAGGAACUGGCGCUCAAGGUGGACGAGCUGGACCAAAAAUACGGCCUGCCCACUAACGUCAAUUAUCGUUUCAAUAGCUCUAUCUUCUCCGGCCCGUUGUAUAUAGGCGGUAUACCAGCAACCGCUCAGAAAGGCUCACUGUUAACGCGAGACCACUUCAACGGGUGCAUCAGGAAUGUGAUGAUAAGAGGGGAAAGGCGAGACUGGACGGACAUGGCUGAACUGCACAAUAUCCACCUGAGCUCCUGCCCGGUUCAAUGAUGGCGAGGCCGUGAAGAGGGAAGACAAUUACCUCGGCGUUCAGCGCUUUUAGUUCCAAAGAUUGCUCGAGGAGCCGCGUUGGAUUCAACAAUCGCACCGGGAUUAACGUGCCAUAUUCGCAGGCGACGAGGCGUUCUUUAAGACUUAACAAAGCCAAAAGAUGCUAAACCGUAGACCGUUUCGUUAGGCUUAAUCGUCGUGACACGAAGAUAGAAAAAAGAAAAAGAAAAGGGAGAGAGGGAGACCGUACGCGUCGGUCCCACCGUGGCAGACAAACGAUGGCACGAACAAUUUCGUUGCAUGCAAGUAACGCGUGCAGACGGUGACAUUUUACGCGUAAAUAGCGAGACCACUGCCAUAUAGUUUAAUUAUACGCUGUAAGCCGCAAACAAUUUGUACAUCAGUAUUUAAAAGCCAUUAUUUAUUAUCGUUAACGUUAGAUCUCGAGAAUUCGUGAUCGCCGCGUCGACGAGUUAGCAAAUAGAGAAUAACGCGACUAUGUUUUAUACUUUUAUAUAGUUAGACUUCUACUGGAGAGCCCGAUAUGUAUUGUACAUUGUAGAUUUUUUUUUAUUCGAAAGAUUUUUCGAGAAAACAUGCAAGUGCCCUGUAAAAAAAAAAGAAGUGUCCUUUUAAUCACGCACACAGAGAGAUAAUGUUCGAAGAAUAUUUAUAUCUAAUCUUGUCUCUCUCAUACAUAACACACGCACACGACUUUUGUUGAACUGUAAUAUAUUACAUAUACACAAGGAAAAAUUAACAAAUGACGAAUUCGCUGUUGUGUAUAAAAUAUAUAAUAUAACAAGAGAAAAAGCGCAAUGGGGCCGUGUCGCUUCGACUUAUUCUCCUUAACGCUCUUCUUAAAGUCUCUACAAAGUGCCUCGGACACUUUAGACGCAACAUUUAUAAAACUUCACAAUGCAAUUU